ACAACAACAAUGUCUUGCCCUCUGCAGAUAUCAACCAGCAGUGCUGAGAUGCCGAUGCCAGGAGGCGCAUUACAAAAGGACAUGAUCCGAGCGCUUGCAUCGCCUAUGUCUAUAUACGACAUUGAUCGAACGGCUUUACAAGCUAUUGUCUCGGGCACUGUGGCUUACACAGCGAUGAUGAAGCAGUCCAAAUGGUUACAGAUGCCUACGGAGCCCGAGGGCAAGGUUCCAGGGAUCUACGUAAUUGGGCUCAGGCGCUCACUGAAGGACGGUAAAUUCCUCAACAUCAUCGAGACAGAGAGACUGAUCGAUGGUCUUCGGAGGUAUGUGAAGGGGGCUCGCCUUUGCAGGACGAAUCAAUCACAGGACUCUUUAGACUGGGCAGAUAAAGAGCUUGUGAAAUGGGUGUCGACUGUGGAUUGGCAAGGGGGCUACAACCUCAGACCAGAUUCGAUGCCCUCUCCGCAAUCCAUUCAAAGUGAUGGAGAGUUCUCGAAGAUAGAAGCGUUGAUCUCUUCGUUCGAACUACGCUGCGAUCGGCAAUUAGAUCCCACAGGAAAGGUGCGACAAGCUCAAAGUCCACUGUAUGUUGGAUGCUCAAUAGACUUGCGUGAGAGGACAAGCAAGUACAAGCUACACUCGCGGGGCGGUAUUUUGAAUGUCAAUAAGCCCCUGUGUCUUGUUGUCAACAUUCUCUCGGCACUGGAUCGUCCUGUAGAGCUGAGCGUACAAGUUGUUGUCAGAACAUGGGAAGGAAUUCCACUGCCAGUAGCAGAGCGCCUGAUUACCACCGUCGCAUGCUCUUUUGUUUACCAGCAUGGAUUCAACGCUGUCGAGGCCGGGGGGACGGGAUUCUCGAAGCCCGCAGGCACCUCGCAUGUGUUGGAGAAAUCUGCCGAGCUGCUCUUUGGUCACCAGGAUACGAUGAAGCAGAAUUUGGAGGCCACAAUCGCAGAGAUAGACAAACGUGCCGAUUUCUUGGAAACACUCGAUUAUGUCAAUAACAAGGGUGAAGAACUUGUCAAGGAAGCCGAUGAUCUUGCCGCAAAAGGCUCGAACCACCAGGGUGAUACAUUUCAGAGUCUCGAGAAAGCCAUGAUAGCAAGGAAGGAAGAAAUGCAAAAGCAGAUCGAAAGGCUUGACAAGAGAAGAAAGCAGAAAGAGCUAUUGGUGCAAAUGACACAAUUAAGGCUUGGACAGAGGACUGUGGAUGAUGCGGAGUAA